AUGGCUCCCGCCAAAAGAAGCGGCAAGCAGAAGCAACCCGCUGCCGCAUCGUCCGGCAGCAAUGGCAACCCCCCGGCGCCCUUCAAGCGGCCCCCUGAGGUCCUGGAGCCCUUCAUCCGCGAGCUGAAUCAGAAGCACAUCUACAUCACCCACAUCGACGCCAAGCCCGCCGCCUUCAAGCGCAAGAUGUUCCUCGUGCCCGUGGCCAUGAACGUCGCCGUGGCCCUUGCCUUUGUCUGGCGCAUGUACGCCAUCCUGCCCUUCUACUGGAAGAUCCUCAUGUCCGGCUGGGGUCACCCUAACGAGACCACGUUCCCCUUCCACGAGGCCACCUGGUCCGAGCUGGGCUGGGAGGUCUGGAAGCGCGGCAUCGUCAUGUUCAUCGACUUCAUGCUCUUCGUCUUCGUCUGGCCCUGGCCCGUCGAGUUCACCAUGGCCACGGCCCACGGCAACCCGGCGCGCUGGCGCUGGAACGUCGGCUUCCGCGACAAGGAGAUCUACGUCCGCCGCAGCCGCGACUGGGACAGGAUGCUGCGCGACAUCUUCAAGGACGCCGACUCCAACAAGAUCCUGCUCGCCUACACCCAGCAGGCCACGUCGCCCAUGCUGCAGGAGCAGAAGACGGGCUACCUCCUCAUGAACGACAAGUGGGACCUCGACUGGAACCUCAUGGUCCUGGCCCACAAGAUGGUCGACAAGAAGGAGGCCGCGCUCGACGCCUUCAGGAACGUCAUUCUCGUCUACCACCAGGACUACGGCUGGAUCUGCCACGACCUCAAGCAGGGCAUCGCCGCCGAGGAGGACGAGAGGAGGAGGCAAGUCUUUGCCUUCCGCGACGCCCUCACGGCUCUGGGCAAGGAGAACCUGUUUUACCGCUGGAUCGAGAUUGUGCAGUUUGAGUCGACUCAGCCAGGGGGUUUUGGCCGGGAGAAGCAGGAGGCGGCGGCCAAGAAGAUCCGUGAGCUCUUUGAAGCCGAAGGCAUCGACUUUGACGAACUUUGGAAAGACGCCGUUGGCACCAAGGCAUGA